AAGGGAAAAGAAGAAAUUAAAGGAAAAUAAAAUAAAAAUAAAAGGAAGAACUAAGAAGCUGCAGCGAUGUGAAGUUUCUCGUUCUAUCUUUCAUUCCAGCACUGAACACCUACAAAAGUACCGGAAUUACACACACACACACACACACACACUACGCAUCGACGCAUUCAUUCCAAUGAUUGCUCCAACAGUAGGGAAAACCCUACUGAUCACGACGUUCAUAUUCUUCUCUGUAUUUCUAGCCCUAAUUCUAUUCUCGCCUUCUGUUCCCUUUUCUCAAACUCCGCUCAGUUCUGCUGUGUCAGAAAGAGCAGAAAUAUGGAGUCUGCGGAGAAUUUUUGAAUGGCGGCCUUGCAAUUGGUGGAUUCAAGGGCGUCCUGCUGCUCUGCCAGAAAAGAGUAAUGGGUACAUUCGAGUUGAUUGCUAUGGUGGACUCAAUCAGAUGAGGAGGGAUUUCUGUGAUGGUGUUGGUAUUGCUCGCUUGCUGAAUGCCACCCUUGUUCUACCCAAAUUUGAAGCAGCUGCAUAUUGGAACGAGUCUAGUGGAUUUGAAGACGUAUUUGAUGUGGACUACUUCAUCCAACAAAUGAAUGGUUUCGUUCAGGUUGUGAAAGAGUUGCCUGCCGAGCUUGCAUCAAAAGAUCCUGUUAGAGUGGAUUGUAGCAAACGUAAAGGCUUAUUUGAUUAUGUGGAAAAUGUACUUCCAUUGCUCUUGGAGCACCACUAUAUUUCAUUCACACCAGCAAUGAGUCAGAGGAGGGAUAGGUACCCACCGUACGCAAAAGCUGCUCUUUGUCAAGCUUGCUAUAAUGCUUUGCGCUUAACCGAAAAAUUGGAGAAGAAAGGCUCUGAGCUUCUACAAGCUAUACCAAAACCCUUCCUUUCACUUCACCUACGGUUUGAACCUGACAUGGUGGCUUAUAGCCAAUGCGAGUACUCUGGUCUUUCUGCUGCUUCCAUCCAAGCAAUAGAGGCUGCACGAGGAGAUAGGAAACCCUGGACUGGAGAACAAGCCCGUUUAUGGAGAAAUCGGGGGAAGUGCCCCCUUACUCCCAACGAAACUGCAAUAAUCCUUCAAGCUCUAUCUAUACCUACAAACACAAAUAUAUAUUUGGCAGCUGGGGACGGUCUGAUGGAACUUGAGGGCUUAACUUCAGUGUAUGCUAAUGUCUUCACCAAAUCAACCCUUUUGAGUACUGAGGACUUCAAAACCAUGCAUGGGAACACAAAAGCUGCACUGGAUUAUUACGUAUCAAUUAACAGUGAUUCUUAUAUGGCAACAUACUUUGGAAAUAUGGAUAAAAUGGUUGCAGCAAUGCGGGCUUUCAAGGGUUUAUAUAAAACCCUCUUCUUAAGUAGGAGGGGUUUUGCAGUUUUAACAUCACAGGGGCUAAAUGGGAGCUCGUUGAUGGAAGCCCUGUGGAAGAUUCACAAAGACGAUUUUGUAAUGGGUGUGGGAUCUGCUCUGCCUGAUUGUUUCUGUGAAUUCAAACUAUGAGGUUGAGAUCUCGGUCUGUUUUUGCAGAUAAUUCAAGCAUUCUUUUAUACACAUACCUUAAGCAGAGUCAUGAUCAGCAUAUUAAUUAGAAACUGGGGUCCUCAUUCUCCCGAAAAUUGAAGCAUUCUUUAUCAGUGCAACUCUAAGGACAGUGUUGAUUGACAUUUCACGUUUUAGAAAAUUUUGUACUGUAUGUUUCUGUUGUAUGUCCCCUGUGUAACUGAUCUAAGGGUUGUUAAAGAAUUCUAAGUCAAAUGUUAUAAUUUCCCUGCAAGAUCUUUAGUUUUGAUUCCUUCA